AUGAGGCUGCUGCUGCUCCCCACUGUGGGCUUCAUCCUUAUCUACUCUCUGUUGCCCCACAAAGAAAUGCGCUUCAUCAUAUACACUUUCCCCGUGCUCAGUUUGGUGGCUGCUAGAGGCUGUUCGUUUGUGUAAGUUGAAACCACUGCUUGCAUUCAAAGUACUUCGCAUUGUCUUUUUACCUCAAACCAGUUAAUCCUAUUUGCUCAAAAGCUAAAUAUGAACAUUUGUAAAAUGAGCAUGCUUUGAAAAAAACGGCAUGUUUCUUCUUUUAUCUUUUAGUUUGUGCAACUACCAGAAAUCCUGGAUGUAUAAACUGGGCUCUGCAGUUGUGGUUGGCCAGCUGUUGACUAAUACAGCAUACACAAGUGUUUGUCUCUAUGUUUCCCAUCACAACUAUCCGGGGGGCAGAGGAAUGCAAGAACUUCACAGGCUGUUGCCAGUCACAGCAGGUUGGACUUUAUAUCAGCAUUUUUACCCCACAAACAAUGUGUUAAACAUGAUCCUACCUCUUUUUAUGACAGGCCAACAAUUGAGAAUAUAUUCAAAAUUUGCAACUUAAAUAUGGAGAACGUUUAUUAAAUGUGUAAUAUCUGAAUACUUCAAUUUCCUUUUCAUUUUAUCCCCAAAUUCUGUUAGAACCAAUGUAAACUCAAUUGUUUACCCAUCGACUGAAAGUGUUUGAUGUAGUUCCCCUAUACUAAUAAAAAGAACUGUCUGCAAAUACAAUUAAUAAAUUAACUCAUACUAAAUUGGUUAAAAACUGCUGACAUGGUUUUACAAUGCUUUUGUUCCCUUAGAUGUAUUUGUUCAUAUUGACACCUAUGCAGCUGAAACCGGAGUAUCUCGCUUCUUGGAGCAGAACGCAAAUUGGAAGUAAGUCAUCUUAAACUGUUUAAGGUAAAACCUCUGUGAGCAAAAAACGAUCACUUUACUACGUCUUUCUUUCUUUAACAGGUAUGACAAACGAGAGGAUCUGAGUGUUACAAGUCCAGAGUUUAAAAUGUACUCACACCUGCUGAUGGAGUCGAACACCACAAAGAUACAACUCCUCAAGAGCACUCAUCAGCCUCUGGCCUUCAUAGAAGGUUACAGCAGGAUCACCUUUAAUUUAAACCACUUCCCUCCCAUCAGAGUGCAGUUAGAGAGAAAAACUGUGCUGAUGGAGAAAAAGACAUCAUCUACGCAAAUAAAAGAGUGA